AUGCAUCCCCACCUGCACACUAAAGACAACAAGAACUGUGAGGAGGUCAUGAACGCACUCGAAGAAUGCCAUGCGCGCGGAUUCCUCUGGAAGUCGAUGGGCAUGUGCACAAAGGCAAAGCAUCAAGUCAACAUGUGCCUACGCGCCGAGCGUCUCGAACGUACCCGUCAGAACCGCGAAGUGGCCAAGGAGAAGCGAGCAAAGUACGAAUCUGUAUGGGCCGAUAUCGACGCCAACUCAUGA